AUGAUUUGGUAUGUGGCCACUUUGAUAGCAAGUGUGAUCAGCACCCGAGGUCUGGCAGCUCAAGUUGCCCACGGCCUGCGAGAGGAGCCCGAGUUUGUGACAGCGCGAGCUGGCGAGGCCGUGGUUCUGCGAUGCGACGUGAUCCACCCGGUGACAGGGCAGCCCCCGCCCUAUGUGGUGGAGUGGUUCAAGUUCGGGGUGCCCAUCCCCAUCUUCAUCAAGUUUGGCUACUACCCACCCCAUGUGGACCCUGAGUAUGCAGGCCGAGCGAGUCUUCACGACAAAGCUUCGCUGCGGCUGGAGCAGGUUCGCUCCGAGGACCAGGGCUGGUACGAGUGCAAAGUGCUCAUGCUGGACCAGCAGUAUGACACCUUCCACAACGGCAGCUGGGUGCACCUCACCAUCAACGCUCCCCCCACCUUUACAGAAACACCCCCCCAGUACAUUGAGGCCAAGGAGGGGGGCAGUGUCACCAUGACCUGCACAGCUUUUGGGAACCCCAAGCCGAUUGUCACCUGGCUCAAGGAGGGGACACUCCUAGGUGCUAGUGGGAAAUACCAGGUGAGUGACGGGAGCCUGACGGUGACGUCGGUCAGUCGGGAGGACAGAGGUGCCUAUACCUGUCGCGCAUACAGCAUUCAGGGAGAGGCAGUCCACACCACCCACCUGCUUGUGCAAGGGCCUCCCUUCAUAGUGUCCCCUCCUGAGAACAUCACUGUCAACAUAUCCCAGGAUGCUCUGCUUACCUGCCGGGCGGAGGCGUAUCCCGGCAACCUCACUUACACCUGGUACUGGCAGGAUGAGAAUGUCUACUUUCAGAAUGACCUGAAGCUGAGAGUGCGAAUCCUCAUCGAUGGCACCCUGAUCAUCUUCCGGGUGAAGCCCGAGGAUGCGGGGAAGUACACCUGCGUCCCUAGCAACAGCCUGGGGCGCUCCCCCUCGGCCUCUGCCUACCUGACUGUGCAGUACCCAGCCCGUGUCCUCAACAUGCCCCCCGUAAUCUAUGUGCCCGUGGGAAUUCACGGCUAUAUCCGCUGCCCCGUGGACGCAGAGCCACCGGCCACCGUGGUCAAGUGGAACAAGGACGGCCGCCCCCUGCAGUUCGAGAAGAAUCUCGGUUGGACCCUGAUGGAGGACGGCUCCAUCCGCAUCGAGGAGGCCACAGAAGAGGCCCUUGGCACCUACACCUGUGUGCCUUACAACACCUUGGGGACCAUGGGCCAGUCUGCUCCCGCGCGGCUCGUCCUGAAGGACCCCCCGUACUUCACGGUGCUACCUGGCUGGGAGUACAGGCAGGAGGCCGGCCGGGAGCUCCUGAUCCCCUGUGCUGCUGCGGGGGACCCCUUCCCUGUCAUCACCUGGAGAAAGGUAGGGAAGCCCAGCAGAAGCAAGCACAGCGCCCUGCCCAGCGGGAGCCUCCAGUUUCGAGCCCUGAGCAAGGAGGACCACGGCGAGUGGGAGUGCAUCGCCACCAACGUGGUCACCAGCAUCACUGCCAGCACCCACCUGACCGUCAUCGGCACCAGCCCCCACGCCCCAGGCGGAGUCCGGGUCCAGGUCUCCAUGACAACUGCCAACGUGUCCUGGGAGCCCGGCUACGAUGGAGGAUUCGAGCAGACAUUCUCAGUUUGGAUGAAGCGGGCACAGUUUGGACCCCAUGACUGGCUGUCUCUGUCAGUGCCCCCGGGACCCAACUGGCUGCUCGUGGACACCCUGGAGCCCGAGACGGCGUACCAGUUCAGCGUCCUGGCCCAGAACAGGCUGGGGACGAGCGCCUUCAGUGAGGUGGUCACUGUGAACACUUUAGCAUUCCCCAUCACAACCCCAGAACCCCUGGUGCUGGUUACCCCACCACGGUGCCUCACAGCCAAUCGGACCCAGCAGGGCGUGCUGCUGUCCUGGCUGCCACCUGCCAACCACAGCUUCCCCAUCGACCGCUACGUCAUGGAGUUCCGUGUCGGAGAGCGCUGGGAGAUGCUAGACGAUGCCAUCCCAGGCACCGAUGGAGACUUCUUUGCCAAGGAUCUGUCCCAGGAUACCUGGUAUGAGUUCCGGGUUUUGGCCGUCAUGCAGGACCUGGUCAGCGAGCCCAGCAACAUCGCCGGCGUCUCCAGCACAGACAUCUUCCCUCAGCCGGACCUGACAGAUGACGGCCUGGCGCGGCCCGUGCUGGCUGGCAUCGUAGCCACCAUCUGCUUCCUGGCGGCCGCCAUCCUCUUCAGCACCCUGGCCGCCUGCUUUGUCAACAAGCAGCGCAAGCGUAAGCUCAAGCGCAAAAAAGACCCUCCGCUCUCCAUCACUCACUGCAGGAAGAGCCUGGAGUCCCCCCUGUCCUCGGGCAAGGUGAGCCCAGAGAGCAUCCGGACGCUCCGGCCCCCCUCCGAGUCCUCCGACGACCAGGGCCAGCCCGCAGCCAAGAGGAUGCUGAGCCCCAGCCGGGAGAAGGAGCUCUCCUUGUACAAGAAGACCAAGAGGGCCAUCAGCAGCAAGAAGUACAGCGUGGCCAAGGCGGAGGCCGAGGCCGAGGCCACGACGCCCAUCGAGCUCAUCAGCAGAGGCCCUGACGGCCGCUUUGUGAUGGGGCCCUCCGAGGUGGAGCCCACCGUGAAGGGCAGGCGCAUCGAGGGCUUUCCCUUUGCGGAGGAGACGGACAUGUACCCCGAGUUCCGGCAGUCUGACGAGGAGAAUGAGGACCCCCUGGUGCCCACCUCGGUGGCUGCCCUGAAGUCCCAGCUGACCCCUCUGUCGUCCAGCCAGGAGUCUUACCUGCCUCCACCAGCAUACAGCCCCCGGUUCCAGCCCCGUGGGCUGGAGGGCCCCGGCGGCCUGGAGGGGCGGCUCCAGGCCACAGGCCAGGCCCGGCCGCCCGCCCCCCGGCCCUUCCACCACGGCCAGUACUAUGGGUACCUGAGCAGCAGCAGCCCCGGGGAGGUGGAGCCGCCACCGUUCUACAUGCCGGAAGUGGGCAGCCCCCUGAGCUCGGUCAUGUCCUCCCCGCCCUUGCACUCGGAGGGGCCCUUCGGCCACCCCACCAUCCCCGAGGAGAACGGAGAGAACGCGUCCAACAGCACGCUGCCCUUGACUCAGACCCCCACUGGCGGGCGCUCCCCGGAGCCCUGGGGCCGGCCGGAGUUCCCCUUUGGGGGCCUGGAAACCCCAGCCAUGAUGUUCCCCCACCAGCUGCACCCCUGUGAUGUGGCCGAGAGUCUGCAGCCCAAGGCCUGCCUCCCCCGAGGACUGCCCCCCUCCUCCCUCCAGGUGCCCUCAGCCUACCCGGGCAUCCUGUCUCUGGAGGCGCCGAAGGGUUGGGCAGGCAAGUCGCCGGGCAGAGUCCCCGCACCAGUGCCCCCCGCCGCCAAGUGGCAGGACAGACCCGCGCAGCCGCUGGUGAGCCAAGGGCAGCUAAGACAUACCAGCCAAGGUAUGGGCAUCCCUGUGCUGCCUUACCCCGAGCCCGCCGAGCCGGGGGGACACAGUGGCCCCAGCACAUUCGGCCUGGACACCCGGUGGUACCAGCCGCAGCCCCGGCCCCAGCCCAGCCCCCGGCAGGCCAGGCGCGCCGAGCCCAGUUUACAUCAAGUGGUGCUACAGCCCUCUCGGCUCUCGCCUCUGACCCAAAGCCCUCUCAGCUCUCGCACCGGCUCCCCGGAGCUGGCCGCCCGGGCCCGGCCUCGCCCCGGCCUCCUGCAGCAGGCCGAGAUGUCUGAGAUCACCCUCCAGCCGCCGGCCGCCGUCAGUUUCUCAUGCAAGUCCACGCCGUCCACGGGCUCCCUGUCCCAGAGCAGCCGCAGCGGGAGCCCCAGCUACCGGCCUGCCGUGGGCUUCACCACUCUGGCCACGGGCUACCCCUCCCCUCCUAUGGGCCCCGCGGGGCCUGCGGACAACUUGGAUGUGUUUGGACAGACGCCUUCCCCCCGAAGGAUGGGGGAGGAGCUGCUCAGACCAGAGCCCCCCCCACCACAGUUACCUACUUCAGGGACACAUCCGCCUGCACCCGGGAACGCCACCGCCGCACCUGAGAGGCUGGAGGCUCUGAAGUACCAACGGAUAAAGAAGCCCAAAAAGUCAUCCAAGGGCUCCUCGAAGUCAAAGAAACGAUCCGACGGUCCUGCCUCCCAGGCUCAGCAGCUUCCAAACUCUCAGGUCCUGUGGCCCGACGAAGCUGUCUGCCUCCGGAAGAAGAAGAGACACUCCCGGCCGGACCCCUUUGCCCGCCUCUCAGACUUGUGCCAUCGCCAGCUUCCGGAAGACCAGACGGCCAUCCUCAACAGCGUGGACCAUGACGACCCCGGCCAUGCCACCCUGCUGUGA